AUGUCAGAUUCUAUGGCUACUAAGGAAGAGGCCACUAAGGUCUUCAAUAAGUUGAAACAACAACCAGCUAAUCAGGUUUGUUUUGAUUGUUCAAAUAAAAAUCCGACAUGGACAUCGAUCCCAUUUGGUAUCUUGUUAUGUUUAGAAUGUUCUGCUGCGCAUAGAAACUUAGGGGUGCAUAUUUCAUUUGUUAAGUCAUCGAAUUUGGAUUCAUGGCAAAGAAUUCAAUUAAGGCAUUUCAAAUUUGGUGGGAAUCAAGUUGCUAAAGAGUUCUACACUAAAAAUGGAGGUUCCAAAUUUCUUGGUAAUAAAGAUGGGGUCGAUAUAAAUGCAAAAUACACUGCGCCAGUUGCACUCAAAUAUAAGGAAAAAUUGAAGCAAAAGGCUCAACAAGACGAAGCAAAGCAUCCAGAUGAAAUCACUAUUGAUGACCUCGAAGAGAGUGGAGGUUUACUCACAGAUUCAAGCAACAACGUUUCAACUGAUGAUUUCUUCAGUAACUGGACAAAACCAAUUAACUCCACCCCAUCACCUUUAUCUUCUAAGAACAUUACGCCUAAUGCAUCUAAUGAUGAUCUCAGCGUGAAGAAGCCUGUAACUACGCGUACGACAUCCAGAUUGGUGAAUAAUUCAAGUGGUGCAAAUCAACCAAAAAAAUCUAUAUUGUCAUCCAAGGGUAACGGACCAAGAAAUUCGAGAUUGGCUAACAAAAGAAUCAAUAAGGAAACAGAAGCUAUUGAUUUUGAAGAAAUCGAAAGAAAAGCAAAGCAAGAAGCUGAAGAGGCCAAGGCAUUAGGCUACAAGCCAACCACUGAGAACCCUACUGAUAUCGAGAGUACUAAUGCAUCUAAGAAUGAACCAAAAAAGUCAAGCUUAUCAUUAGGUUCCAGAAAACAAGAUACCGAGGAAUUGGAUGAAUCACCUGCAAAAAAUGUUCCGAUCAAAGAAACCACUCAAAAAUUUCAGAAAUUAGGAUUCGGAAUGACAGCUGGCUCAAACGAGGUAGUGAACGAAAAGUCUAAAAACUUCAAGCCAAUCAAAUACACUGGUGAAGUUUCCAAUAAGUUUGGAACGCAAAAGGGUAUCUCAUCCGAUGAAUAUUUUGGAAGAGGACCUAGAUUUGACGAAACUGCCAACGCUGAAGCCAGAGACAAACUUCAAUCUUUCAACGGUGCCCAAUCCAUUUCAUCUUCGUCGUAUUUUGGUGAAGAUGAGUCUGCGCAAAACAAUACCCACCAAGGUGCCGGUUUAACGGACAUAGAAUCGAGCGCCAGAGAAUUUGCUUCAAGAUUUUCCGGAAACGCCAACCAAGAUUUGGACGUGUUAAAAGAUGCUUUCGAAGAAGGUGCAAAUAAAUUGGGCUCAUACUUAAGAGAUUUCUUGAGAUAG